AUGUCUCAACCUACACCUGUUAUCAACGUAACAGAAGGUGAAAAUGUCCAUGAAAUUCCUCCUCCAGCAGGAAUUCCCUGCCAACAAUCGGACCAGGACAAGACAGAUCAGGAAAUCGCGGCAUCUAGUCAGUCAAAUUUUGAGGGAGACCGUAUGGAGAGAGAUCCGGAAAAAAGUUCAGAGAGCGACUACUCCACCUCGAAUAUCGUGACAUGGGACGGACCUGACGAUCCCUCCAAUCCCAAAAACUGGUCGUUCAAAAGAAGAUGGCUUGCAACGGGCUUGGUAUCGUUGAUUACGUUCAUGACGCCUAUCGCAUCAUCCAUGAUAGCUCCAGCGGAGUUUGCUAUCAAUCGAGACCUUGAUGUUCACUCGACUUUCGAUUCGGAAUUGAUCUUUUCUAUUUUUCUGCUGGCAUUCGUGGUUGGCCCUCUCUUCCUGGCGCCACUGAGCGAGGUAUAUGGACGGGUGAUUGUCCUGCAACUAGCUAACGUUUGGUUUUUGAUAUUCAAUCUUGUGUGUGGCUUUGCGCAGAAUGUGAGCCAAAUGUUGGCGUUCCGUUUCCUGGCUGGACUUGGAGCAUGUGCCCCCCAAACAGUCGGCGGCGGUGUCCUGUCAGACCUGUGGACAUCGGAAGAGCGCGGCAAGGCAGUAGCACUGUACACAUUGGCGCCUGUAUUAGGGCCAUCUGUUGGCCCUCUCAUGGGAGCUUGGAUUGCGGAGAGAACAACAUGGAGGUGGAGCUUCUGGUCUGUCACCAUGUUUGGGGUGGCAGUACAAGUAUUGAUAUAUUUUACGUUAGCAGAGACUUUCGCGCCACGGAUCUUACAACGGAAGGCUCAAAAACUACGCAAAGAAACAGGAAACGAGCAGUUGCGAACAGAAUUCGAAUCCAAUGACGACACGAUCCUAUCCGUGAUGCGUCGCGUGCUCACACGAGUCUUUCUGUUCCUAGGGACUCAACCGAUUGUUCAAUUCCUUGCCUUAUACAUGGCUCUUAUCUAUGGCGUCAUUUAUUUGAUUCUCUCUACAUAUCCAACGGUUUGGACUAAUGUAUAUCAUGAGUCUACGGGCAUUGGCGGUUUGAACUACCUUUCGCUUAUGAUUGGUCUAACAAUUGGGGCCCAGGUGGCUGGGCGGUUGAUUGAUACUGUCUAUAACAAACUCAAGCAACGCGCGCCGAAUGGAGAGGGUCGACCGGAGUUCCGGGUCCCAAUUCUCUUUGGCUCGACUAUAUUAACAGCUGGUGGCAUCUUUAUGUAUGGCUGGUCUGCGGAAGCCCAUACGCACUGGAUCGUGCCAAAUAUCGGCGCAGCAAUUUUCGGGGCUGGCGCAAAUAUGACUUUCACGACUCUCCAAACAUACACAAUCGAUACUUACCAAUUAUAUGCUGCGUCUGCAAUAGGCGCAACUGCCGUGGCGCGAAGUGCCACUGGUUUUGCCUUUCCGCUAUUCGCAAACUACAUGUACGAUGCCUUGGGAGAUGGAUGGGGCAACAGUGUUCUUGGGUUCGCCACUCUCGGGAUCGGUUACUCUGGAUCUAUAGUGUUAUGGUUUUUCGGUGAAAGACUUCGGGGAGCAAGUCAGUAUGCUAUCAAUAAGUAG